AUGCCCCUCUCCGGCGAUGACCUUAUCUGUCCCAAGUUUCAGCCCAACAUCUUCGACUCCUCUCGCUGCCACGACUGCCUGCGCCAGAAGCACCUGCACUCGGACACGAGUACAGGCACGGGUACAGCCGAAACACCACAGCAGAGCCUCACAGUGGAGAAGGAGCCAGGGCAAGCCACUGGACCUCCACCAACACUACUACCAGCACCACAGGCAGUGGAGAGGGAUGCCAGUGCCAAGACAGAGGGAGCGGGGAUUAGAAGAGUGGAGGACUCUGAUGGCCUGUCAGUGGUAAGCAGCUACUAUGAUGUCAGCGGAGAUCAGCUGGGUUACGAGGAGAGCUCCUUAUGCAUCCUGAGCCCUGACUGUGACCUCUACAUCUGUGACGGAGACAACGACAGCACUGACAGCUGUCGGGACCAGAGUGUCUACGCUGAUCUCAGUGGCUCCAUCAGUGCAGAGGACGACAACCUGCCUCUCCGGCACCGCUCAACCCACCUCACCAUGACUCGCCUGGACCCACCACCCCACCGAACCAACCCCAAAGCCUGGAUGGAGGAGGACAACAGCAGGGGCAGGAUUGGCAGACACUCAGGGUUAAAAGAAGAAAGGAAUCGUGAAAGUGGCUACUUCUCUCUGGGGAGGGCGGGAGGAGCCCGUUCUCUCAGGGAUCAGAGCCCCCCUCCCGUUUACCGCCAUUCAGAGAGGGGACACCCCCUCUACAGCAACCGGAGCCCUGAYCCCAAAGCUACCAUCCCRUURAGGAACCCUAACCUGGGGCUGGCKUCGGAGAGGUUAAACCCAGAGAUACUAAACCCAGACCUGCCUCUGGAAAUCCCUGAACCUCCUGACGCAUUUGAUCUCACCAUCGAGGUUGAGGCUCAGGUGGGCCCUCGCUCCCCAAGCCCCACCCCUUUUAAGAUAGCAGAAUCRCUGGCCUCCACUAACCGGAGGGGUMUCAACAGCUCAUACAYUAGAAGAAACUCRCCUUCCUAUCAGGAGUCUGGGAAGUUAAAUUCAUCGAGACAAAGCUCCUCUCUGUCCCGCUCCUCUUCACCCUUACGAAACACCUCCCCAUUCAAACGAAGUGAAUGUACCACCUCCCUCAACAGACGGGGCUUAGACUCUGAGGGCUGGUCUCAGGGGUGGGACCAGACUUCUAGAGGUCACCCCCAGAGCUCUUUUGGACGAGGUGUUGAUAUUAGAGGCUUGAAUAAAAAUGUAAUAUCGAUGGCCAGUUCAGUUGGUUCCAUAUCACAGGUCAACUCUGUUUCAGAUUUUAAAAGUGCAUUGCWCAAGAAUGAGACAGUCAGCUCCUUAAAUGGUCGUGGACGUGACACUCGAAGCUCCGCCCCUUCAAGGAGGGGUUACGAAAGCCCCAGACAAUCCCUGGUCCGUAAAUCUGAAACAAGUAACUCCUUAAAUGGCCGUGACAGCAGAAGCUCAUCUGCCUCGAGGAGGGCUUAUGACACCUCCAACCAAACCCUGCUUCGCAAAUCUGAUGGGAACAGCUUGAUAAAUGGUCAUGGUCAUGAAAGUCGCAAUUCUUCUCCCUCGAGGAGGAGUUACGAUGCCACCAGCCAGUCKCUCCUUCGCAAAUCUGAAACAAACAGUUCUCUCAAUGGUCAUAGUCGACACGGCGGCCGGUGUGGCUCUCCCAUUAGGGAGGGUUAUGAUGCCGAAAGACAAUCUCUGCGGAAAUCAGCUUCUAGGAAUGACUUAAAUGUUCAUGCCUAUGAAAGUGGUAGCUCUUCACCUUCUAGACGUGGCUUUGACACUCCUUGUCAAUUCCUGCUAUGCAAAAGUGAGACACGUGGCUAUGGAAAUGGUCGAGGUCGUGACAGUGGAAGCUCCUCUCCCUCUAGGAGAGGCUAUGAUACCCCGAGCCAGUCAUCACUUCGCAAAAGUGAAUCCAAAAACUACCUGAAUAGUCAGAGUCGAGACAGUCGAAGCUCAUCCCCUUUGAGAAAGGGAUAUGAUGCCCCUGGCCAAUCACUGCUUUGUAAAUCAGAGACAAACAGCUCUGUCAGAUGUCAAAGUCGUGGUAGUCGUAGCUCCUCCCCUUCAAGGAGGGGCCAUGACACCCCCAGCCAAUCACUACUGCACAAAUCUGAGAAGAGUGGGGCCCUCAACGGUCGGAGCCGUGACAGUCGCAACUCCUCUCCAUCCAAAAGAGGCAAUGACCCACCAGGUCAGUCACUCCUCAGGAAAACCACCAGUGGUGGUGACUCCAGCCUCUCUUACCAGAGAAAAAACACUUACGGUGAUGCUCGGCCUGAGUCUAACCCCUCCCCUGGCGCCUGGCGAGGCUCCACCCACUUCCUACAUAGCACCUCCCCAUCCAGGGAGGGCAGAGAGAACAAAACAUCUGCCCCCUCUCAGAGGGCCUCUGCUGUCACCUGGGAAACCACUUGGAGUAGCAGUAGUAGGCAGGGUCUGGAGACUCGUAGCUCCUCCCCAAACACAAAAGGAUUGACCAACCGCAACCUAAGUCCCUCCCCUCAGAUGCAAAGGCAUACCUCGUCCCAGAGUUCCAUGGAGUCCUCGGAGUCUGGCCAGUUGUCGGGGGAGUCAACGGAGAGGAGUAGGGAGGAGUACGCCAUGAUGGCCGAUCUACCAAAGGUCAAGCCUGUKCUCCAAAAGGAGCAGCAUGGUCAUGUGGGACAGACUCCAAACCAACCCUCAGGAAGACAGGAGCUCUUCAAACCAGCAAGCCACUCCCUCUCCAAGCAUCCCUCCAGAGAGUGGCUAGAUGACUCAGGGGACCUAGAGAGAAACCACAUAGAAUGGCAAAAUGGCAGCAGCGGUAGACUGUCUCGAGUACACUCGUCCACCUCUUUGCACAUGCAGGGUUGA